AUGUUAUCACGAACAACACCCCGACUCCGGGGCCCCAUUACCCGCAUUCCACGCGCUAUCAGCACCACACCUACAGUUCACUCCAUUCAUACAUACAACGCGCUUCGAAUUAUAUCGCGCACAACCGCCGCAUCACAGAAGUCAUGGAUACCCAUUCAGCCGUCGCAGCAACCGCGCGCCUUCAGCGCAUCGGCCCUUCGUACCGCAGAAACACGAGUCAUUAACGUCCCCGCCAUGGCGGAAUCUAUCUCCGAGGGUGUCCUUACUACAUUUCACAAGCAGGUUGGGGAUUACGUAGAGCAAGAUGAGGAAAUCGCUUCGAUCGAGACGGACAAAAUUGACGUCGCUAUCAAUGCGUCUGAUAGCGGUACAAUUGCCAAACUACUUGUGAACGAGGGCGAUACGGUGACAGUCGGACAGGCCGUUAUUGAAUUAUCUCUGGAGAAGCGCGACGCGUCGCAAUCUGCAGAGGUUCAGCCUGCUACAGAGGCUAAGGAAUCAAAAGAUGGCCAGUCUGCAACGCAACCUAUGUCUCAACCAGAGACGAAACCCAAGCCUAAGAAGGAAUCCACUGCGGCCCCCGCACCAUCGAAGCCUGCUGCACCUGUCGCCGGCGCUCAAGGACCCGUGUCAGCUUACAAGGGUAGUCGCGCAGAGAGAAGGGUAUAUAAGUUUGCAAAUUUUGCCUUUGUAGAUGAGAUACUAAAUGUGAUGCAGGAGAGAAUGGCCCGCAUGCGCCUCCGCACCGCAGAGCGUCUCAAGCAAUCUCAAAACACCGCCGCUUUCCUUACUACCUUCAAUGAGGUCGACAUGUCCAAGGUGAUGGAAUUCCGGGCACAGAACAAAGACACCGUACUCCAAAAACAUGGUGUCAAGCUUGGAUUCAUGGGUCCAGUUGCCCGUGCGUCUGCGCUCGCGUUGAAGGAGAUCCCGGCUAUCAAUGCAUCUAUCGAGAAUGAUGAUACUAUUGUGUUCAGAGAUUAUAUCGAUCUUAGCGUUGCUGUUGCGACACCGAAGGGAUUGGUAACGCCGGUGUUGAGAAAUAUGGAGAGAUUGAGUGUAGUGGGGAUUGAGAAGGGGAUUGCUGAGCUGGGAAAGAAGGCACGCGAUGGCAAAUUGACCAUGGAUGACUUGUCCGGAGGUUCAUUCACCAUCAGUAACAGUGGCAUUUGGGGAUCGCUGUUUGGUACGCCAAUCAUCAAUGUGCCGCAAACGGCGGUGCUGGGUAUCUAUGGAAUUCAAGAAAGGCCUGUUGCUGUCAAAGGACAGGUCGAAAUCCGGCCGAUGAUGUAUACUGCUCUGACAUACGAUCAUCGGCUGGUGGAUGGUCGCGAAGCGGUUACUUUCUUGACCUUGGUGAAGAAGUAUCUCGAGGAUCCGGCGAGCAUGCUGAUUGAGUAG